AUGCCUUUCGAGAUCACCAGGGCAGUUCGUCUCACCCCCACUGUUUUCCUUCUUGAUUUCAAUGGUAAUAACAUCCUUCGAGACAUGUUGCCCAGCGACGAACAAGAAAUGAAGCGGCUAGAUCUUCAUCAUGCGUUGAUGCUUUGGCUGCUGGACAGCCACCUUCAUUAUGCUCCAAUUGGUUCAGAACCCCAGCGAGUCCUUGAUCUUGGUACUGGGACAGGCAAUUGGGCUGUCGAUUUUGCCGAUCUGUAUCCAACAGCAGAAGUCAUUGGAACGGACUUGACGCCUAUACAGUCCACUUUCGUGCCCCCGAACCUAAGGUUCAUUAUUGACGAUUUUGAGGACGAGUGGGCAUACGAUGAUACGCCUUUUGACUACAUCCAUGGACGAUAUCUGGCGUCCUCAGUUCGAGACUGGCCACGACUAGUUAGGCAAUCUUUUGAGAAUCUAAAGCCUGGCGGCUGGGUCGAGUUCCAGGAAUGGGACACGCACAUAUAUUCAAAGGAUGAUUCGUUAGCCGAAGACGCGGCACUUUUCAAGUUCCACCACUACACAUGUGGCCGCCGCACUGCUGCUGGCUACGAUUCUCAGCCAGGCUCAAAGGUCGAGGGCUGGCUUCGAGACGCCGGCUUCAUCAACGUGCAGGCGGUUAAACUACCCAUUCCGCUGGGUAUAUGGCCCAAGGACAACAAAUAUAAGCAAGUCGGAAUAUGCAACUACCUGCAGUUUCAAGCUGGUAUGGAAGGCAUCGCACUCGGGUGCCUAGCGAGGACAGCGGAAGAUCCUUGGUCCAUAGAAGAGGUGCAGGUUUUGCUGGCGGAGACGAGAAGAGAUAUGAAGAACCCAAAGAUUCAUGGACAGUACGACUUGUAA